AUGUCUUCUGACGAGAGCUCCAAAGACAUCUUGCUUUCAACGAUCGCGAGUCUUCAUGAGAGCGGCGCAUACUCAGAUCUCAAGAUUGUCUGUGGAUCAGACACAUACAAUGUUCACAAGAAUAUCAUUUGUCCUCAAUCAGACUUCUUCCAAGCAGCUUGCCGCCCGGACACUUUCCAGGAGGGUCACACUGGAGUCGUUACGCUCCCUGCCAAUGCUGGACGUGACGGAGGUACAAACAGAAAACCGCUCACACCAGAUGAGUUCGACUGGGAUCUGGAUGUCGAAGAUGUCAAGACGGUCAAAGCCAUGAUCCAUUAUUUUUACCAUCACGACUACCCUGCCGAGAAGGUCUCUGAACAUGCAAAAAUGUAUGCAGUGGGAGAGAAAUAUGGCAUACAGACACUCAAGGCCCUGGCAGACAAGAAACUCAAACAGUCUUUUGAAGAGGGUAGAGGUGAUCUAGAGACUGCCAUUGUCAUCACCUUCAUGAGCACUCCAGACACUGAUCGGGUUCUCCGAUCUACAAUCAUCAGCACUCUUGGUGGUCCAGAUAUGCUGGGAGAGACACUCAGAAUGGACGGAACGAUCAAGAAGAUUCCAGACCUCGUUUACAACUUAUAUCGCAGGUUCUUGUGGCGUUGCUACCGCUCAUGA